AUGGCACCGCGCUCUCAAGCAAGCGAUCACCCCCGGAAGGUGUGCAGGUUGUUUCUCAACACUGGUCGCUGCCAUUACGGGUCUAGAUGCAAAUAUCCCCAUGUUGCUGCUGGCGGUCCCUCUGACAGUCUCGCAAACACAGCUGAACACCGUUUCAAUCGACCCCGGCAGACGAGAAACGAGCCAGACGACAGAUUCAGUACCUGGAAACUAUCCGUCCCUCACGGCGCAAAUGGCUUCUCUCCAACACCCCUUCCCCCCCUCUUCUUCCAAAAUGCUCUCGCCUAUGUGGGCUCCGAUGUGGGAAUAAUGCAAGAGACAGUUCUCAUCCUGGCCAAGGACGGUGGAUUACAACGAAUAAAGCAAGUGGUCGAGCGCAGUAUGGAUGGCAUGAGCUUAGACAUGCGCCGGAAAAUGAUCAAAGAGCAAGCAAUACCACUGUGUCAAGUCAUCACCCAUCAACACGUACUUGCGUCCACCUUGCUUGAGGUGCACGUUGGAACAAUCUACAACUUCAUUUACGGCGUCCAAGGCCAGCGUGCAGUACAAUUCUUCAAGACCCUCGUUGCUACCAUUGCAGACUGUAGCCAAGUUGAUAUUUUGCCCUCGGAAAUCGAAGCGGUCGUCAAGGCUUUCUCGAACAUCAUUGACUGCAAUACUCACGCCUUGGUGAAUGAUGACCUGAGGCUGCUUGCAGAUUCCUUGUUUGAUGUCGUGGCCAAACUCGACGAGGGUGAAGCUCACGAGUCAAGGAGAAUAGUGAACCGCAUCAAUCAACGACUAGGGAUCGGGCGAGAGCUGACAGGUUGGAAGCCACCAAAGACAACAGCGUUACCAAAGGCCACUUUCGCUCUGCAGCAAGACCUGCCCGGGACUUUAUCCAAGGACGGGCCGCGGCAUGACAACGACUGCGUCAACGCUUGUGAUAUACAGAUUAUGCCCACAUUCGAAGAAAUCAAUGCAACACGCUCUGAAUAUCUGCCGUCCAUGAAUCCGCAGGACUGGCAUCUCCCCGGAGUUUUAGGACUCCUGGAUCGACACUUCCGUCUUCUUCGAGAAGAUACCGUGGGGCAGCUUAGGGAUGCUGUAAGGCAAGAGGUGCAAGCUUCCCACAGUAUAGAAAAUAGAGGUAAACCUCAAGGUUCGCGGAAAUUGACAUACGACAACGCCCGGGUUGUGAAAAUCGAUUUCAACAGAUGGCAAGGCCUGCUCAUCACUAUCGGCUUCGACCAGCCUUCUCAUCUUCGGCAACGCUCGGCCAAACACAGGAAGGAAUGGUGGGAAUUUCAGAAACGCCUCCGUGUAGGCUCCCUCAUUUGCCUUCUUUCCAAUGGGGCUUUGAUAUUCUGCUCGGUUAUUGAACGCAAGCCAACCAAACCCUUAGCAAAAACCGACGACUCAUCCAGUUCAGACGACGAGAAGAUUCCAAAUCGACCUGAAAAACCUCAGGACCUGUUCUCGGACCCUGUCCGAGCCUUCACUACCGUCUCCUUGGUCAGCGACAGGACAGAGGCCGUCCUGGAUCUCAUGAAAGCCCCUAAUUCCGCUUCCGCCAAAAUAGUUGAGUUCCCUGGUGUUCUGCUGCCCUCCUUCGAGCCGACCUUGCGAGCUUUGCGAGCAAUGCUUCGAAAUCCCGAGAUGCCCUUCUCAGAGUACCUAGCACCUGAAGCCCAAGCAGAUUUAUCGAAAAUUGCAGCCCCCUACUAUGCCACCAGACCCGGGUUUGAGUUCGACCUCAGCUGCAUCAUGAAAGACAAGACUGUGAUGAAGAUUGCCGUUGACGAUGAUUCCAACCACGAGGCGUUCCGUGAGAACUCCAUUCUUGACAGAGCCCAGGCCGAUGCGCUUCUCACAUCUCUCCAGCGCUCCCUCGCUCUGAUACAGGGACCUCCCGGGACGGGUAAGAGCUUCACUGGAGUGGCACUGAUCAAGGUGCUGAUCGCAAUACAGGCACAGGCCAAGCUUGGUCCGGUGCUGUGCGUUUGCUACACUAAUCACGCACUUGAUCAACUUUUAGAAGACCUGGUGCGACAUGGCAUCGGUCAGAUUGUCCGUAUUGGAUCCCAGUCGAAGUCCGAGAUAUUGCAGAAUUGCAACCUCCGUAUUCUGGCCAGCAAUAUUGAUUUGACCAAAACCGAGAGACAUGAACACUGGGUGCUGAAGUUAAGGCUUGAUGAAGACGAAAGAAUUAUAUCUAAGGCCAUAAAGAGACUUUCGCUCGAAGGGGAUGUCGCAGCACUCAAAAGCUACCUCGAAAUUUAUUAUCCCAAAUCAUACAGGACUUUUUUUGGCGGAGAGGACGACGAUGGAUUUGAGAGGGUUGUGCGUCACAAGACAUACCUGUUAAAUGCAUGGCGUAAAGGUGGCUCACCUCAAGGUCCUGUCCGCCGACUAGAGAGUCUACUCGAGGUGCCCAACAUCGAGUCUUUGAAUCAUUUUGAGAGACAGCGGCUGUAUUACCAUUGGUUGGCAGAAUCCAAAAAGACAGCCCAGGCCGAACUAUUGAACGCGCUGGCACAGUACAAGGAACACAAGGAACGAUUCGAUCAAGUCCGGGCAGGCGUUGAUCUUCGAUGUUUGCAACAGGCUAAGAUUAUCGGUGUAACCACUACAGGUCUGGCGAGAACGUUGCCAAUUCUUCGAAAGCUCAAUUCCAAGGUCCUUGUUUGCGAAGAGGCUGGAGAAGUGCUUGAGGCGCAUAUUCUUACCGCUCUCCUGCCUUCUCUAGAGCACGCAAUCUUGAUCGGUGACCAUCUUCAACUUCCCCCCCAUAUCCAAAGCUACGAACUGUCGAGAGAAAGUUCUUUGGGAAAGCGACACUGUUUGGAUAUAUCCCUGUUCGAAAGACUGGUAACGCCUUCAUGCUCUACCCAGACUGCGGUGCCUUUUAGUACCCUGGAGACACAGCGACGAAUGCAUCCCUCGAUUUCCAAACUCAUCCGCAAUACGUUGUAUCCACGGUUGAGUGACUCUUCAGACGUGGAAUCAUAUCCGCCUGUGGCUGGACUAGCCAAGAGACUUUUCUGGCUCGACCAUGCGCACCAUGAGGAUGGUGUCCUCUCUUACUCGGAUGCGACAACUUCCCAUUCGAAUACCUUUGAAGUCCAGAUGGUCACCGCACUGGUGUCUCAUCUAGUUAGACAGGGUGUCUACCACACGAAUGACCUAGCGGUUCUCACUCCCUACCUUGGCCAACUUCAGAAAAUCCGCCGAGCACUCCAAGGGUUGUUUGAGAUCUCCUUGACCGAAGGCGACAUGCUUGAAUUGGAAAGAGAAGAAAUUGGAAAGGACAAUGAUGAGGCGGGUCAUAGUGUCACGCCUGCUCUCCAGAAGACCCCUCUCUCGCGGGCACUCAAAGUGUCUACCAUUGACAACUUUCAAGGAGAAGAGGCCAAAGUCGUUAUCAUCUCAUUGGUGAGGAGCAACGACCAGAACAAGUGUGGCUUCCUUCGGACAUCAAACCGAGUCAACGUCCUUUUGUCCCGCGCCAAACACGGAAUGUACAUCAUCGGGGACUCGCGCACCUCUGGUCAUGUCCCAAUGUGGGCUUCUGUGAUCGACAUGCUUCAUUCUGACGAUAAUUUCGGCGAGUCGCUUCCACUUCAGUGUCCCCGCCAUCCACAAGCCACAUUCUCCGUCUCGAAACCGGACGACUUCGCCAUCUUCUCGCCUGAAGGAGGGUACGGCCGCAUAGUCCGAAGAGGACUCAUUGACGACGCCACCAAGAAAUUCAUCAUAUCCGCGAACCAACAAUUUCUUCCGCUUUACCAGUCAGUUCGCCAACACCAAGCCGAGUUGGCCAAGUCGGUCAAAGAUGUCCAAUCUCAGGGGAAUAAGAUGCACUUGGAGGAACAAGUUCUGUCUGGUGGACGCAAGGACCAAGUCAAGCUGAUAUUCAAGGUCGCGCAUGAUUUGCGAUACUCGUCAAUUGCGAAGACACGCAAUCACAUUAUGAGAUACCUUCGCCAGGUCGACAUCGACGAACAGCCUUUCAAGCGAGUUUGGGAUAUGGUGCAAUUCGCCCGAAAACAAGGCAAAACUAGCAGCGAUGUGGGAUUCGAUCCAACCGCCAUACAAACCAGCCAGACUUUACAGGGCGAAUCGCUGCUGUUGAGAUGCGAGCUUGUUAUAUUGUUGGACUUCUUGGCAGCCUUUGGAACCUGCCUGCGCGACGUCAACCUGGAAGCCAACAGAGUCGACUGCUUGAAGCUGUUAGCGGCCGCCCGGGAAGCUCUCCAACCGGCCGUGGAGGUCGAAGCUCACACAUUCUACGCGCAAUGCUGCCUGGCUGAACGGACCUACAGCGGACGAUCGGAUACCUUUACAGGUCUAAGCAAAGAAGCCACUGAGCAUAUUAGUGACGCCCAGCAAGUAUGCACUCGGUACCCAGGCUCGACCAGACAUGUGGUGGGUGAGGUGAAGACAGUUGAGGGAAUGUUAGAGUCCUCGACCUUUACGACAGUGGUGAAUGAUGAUGAGUGGAGGCUUGUGAUCAACGCGAUGGCGAGUGAUUUCCGUGGAUCAGGGCAUUGGUAUACCUGCGCCAACAACCACCCGUUCACUGUUGGGGAGUGCGGCAUGCCGAUGGAGCAAGCGCGUUGUCCUCAAUGCGGCGCUCCGGUGGGCGGGCAAAACCAUACACCCGCCGAGGGAGUCCGACGUGCGACAGAGCUCGAGAACAGGUUUUCGGACUUGAGGCUUUGA